AGGCAGUGGGCUCCGAGUCAACUGGUAUGACCGCGGGCACUGGGUCAGACAUUGGAUCGUCUGACCGGACAGCGGCAUCGGUUCACCAGGCAUCAAGUCAUUUGGCUCGACAGCGAGCACCGCGUCAUCUGGCAAGGCAGUGGGCUCCGAGUCAAACUGGCAUGACCGCGGGCACCGGGGCAGACAUUGAAUCAUCUGGCUGGACAGCGGGCAUCGGGUCACCAGGCAUCAGGUCAUUUGACUCGACAGCGGGCACCGCGUCAUCUGGCAAGGCAGUGGUCUCCGAGUCAACAGGCACGACAGUGGGCACCGGGUCAUCAGGUACCGGAUUGUCUGGCUCGACAGCGGGCAUCGGGUCAUCAGGCAUCAGGUCAUUUGGCUUGCCAGCGGGCACCGCGUCAUCUGGCAAGGCAGUGGGCACCGAGUCACCAGGU